GCCGCUGGGCUCAUAAAGGCGCGGAGGGGAGAAGCCGGCUUCAGAGCGCUCCCAGCCAGCGCCGCCGAGCCGUCGCCCCCGAGCGCCCGUCCGCUCCGCACUCCGCGGCUCUCCGCCCGCACUGCACCGCGGCGCAGCCUAGCGCGGGUCCGCUCCGCUCCCCGGCCCGGCUCGCCCCCGCUCCGCGCAGCCCGUGCACCCCCGUACCCUGCGUGGGCCCCGGGAUCGCCCAGCACCAUGCACGUCUCCCAGCUGCUGAUCGGGACGCUGCUGCUGACGCUCCUCUCCCUCGGCUCCGAGGCCAAGGCGGCGCCGCCGCAGAAGUCCCAGCGGAGCCCGGCGGCCGCGGAGGAGCCGGCGGAGCCCCAGGGCGCAGCGGCCGCCGACAAGAAGGCAGUGCGGGCGGCGGCGGGCGGCGGCGGGGCCAACGCCAAGGGCUCCAACGCGCGGCUGCUCCGCGACUUGCGCGUGGAAACCCGCUCGAAGGCGGCCUGGGCGCGCCUGCUGCACGACUACCCCAACGGGCGCAAGUACCGCGGCGUCACCAGGAGGCUCUUCAACAACAACUGCUUCGGCCACAAGAUAGACCGCAUCGGCGCCAUGAGCGGCCUGGGAUGCUGAGGCGGCGCCCCCUGGCGGCGCGACGACCGUUGAAUCUGUGUGUUCCAGGACCAGGCAGUUACCGGCACAGCUCACUGGAAGCAUCCUGCCCCGAAACAUCUGGAAUCAUCUCCAACAACUGUGGCUUUCCCGUUCCUUUGGGCUUCUGUUUCUAGGAUGGGGACACACCAUCAGCUGUUUGAUUCUUGUUUGGGGAGGGAUGUUCUUCUUGUCAAUGGGUUGUUGUUGUCUUUCUCAAAAUUAAAAAUAAAAAUUAUAUAUUAUAAAUUAUAUAUAUUAUAUACAUGAAACACCCCCUUACCCUGACCCCCACUUUAUGGAGACACGAAGACAAGAAAUCGUUUUUCCGUGACUGACGAGGCCAGCAAUAUAUCGAACCUUGCUGUUUGUAAAUUCAUGUCAUGCAUAAAUGUAUUUAUGUUGUAAAGCUAUUUAUAUUGUUUAUAAAGAGAUAUUUAUAAAAAAAAAAUUUAUGUAACUAAAUGAAGGGAGUCCAUCAUUGUAAUGUACUUGUCCUCGAUAGUUGGAAAAUGUAAAAAGCAUCCCGUGAAUAUCUGGACAACUGUCUUUAUUUAUUCAACCUAUGUGUUUCUUUUGGAAGGGCAGAAUGGUCCACGGGUUCUUGAUUUUUAAAGUUUUAUCGAUGUCCUUAUUUUUUUAAUGUCUCCAUCAUUUUCUGCUAGACUAUGGUAUGGUACAAAGAGGACUGGAUUUGGUGACCUCCCCAGGUCAUUCAAAUCCCGGCUCUUCUGUCUUAUCCUUAAGUAAGUCCUUGAAUCUCUGUGGGCCUCAGUUUUCCUCAUCUGUAAAAUGGGGGUGGGGGAAGGGUGAACUAGAGCACCUCAAAGGUAGAAUGUAAACUCCUUGAGGGUAGGAACUAUUUGAUUGUUGUUUUUGUAUCUUCUGCACCUAACUCAAUGCCUGGCUAAUAAUAAAAACUUAAUAAAUGCUUAUUGAAUGAAGACA